CGGUGGCGCCGAGGGUCCGCAGGGCGAGAAGGGGCAGGGGCACCUCGACUAGGCGCAGAGGGCGAGUGAACCGGGAGGAGGACGCCCUCCCGGCCCAAGAUCCACGUUCCUACAUACGAGUCUACGCACCCCGUUUCCCCAGCCUUGGCCCGUGGGAAAGGAGUGAGGCGCGCUUUUAAACAACCCUGCAGAAAAGUCCUGUACUUACUAGGCCGGUGUUUUGCCCCUCCCCACGCAUGGCGAGGUUGUGGCCUCUCCCCCGUCCCGCUCCCCGCCCUGCGGAAGGCACCUGCAGGGAAGGAGCCCACCUCCACCAACCCCUCAGUCCCUUACCUAACGUCACCUGUGUCCGUUCUUAGUCCUCCCUAUCCCCACCUGCAAAUCCGCAGAGUACUGCGGCACCUGUCUGGGAGUGGUUAUAGACAUUAACUGAUUUUCUUGCUUGACUCCAUUUAUUCAUGGAAUCAUUUAGCCAGCACUUUCUUGGCACCUACGGAGAGCCAGGUCCCUGUCCAGUCCCGCGGUAGCUCGUGAGGUUUCAGAGAUCAACGUUACUUGAAAAUUCCUGCAUUUGCAGCUCUCAUGAUCACCUGGCAGGGCAGACAGGUGUGCACAUAGAAUACAGGGAGAUGUUCACUGGAGGGAGGAGCCUAUGACAGCUGGGGAAGCACAGAGGGGCUCACCUUAGGUAAGUACUCUAAAAAGGUGGGGAGAACUCCAAGCCUUUGUGGUUAUUACUGUCCAUAAUAUUGUUUGCCAGCUAACACCACCAAGGAAAGGGACUUCAAAAAUCCUUUAAGCCACACAUCCCCCUUUCUAUAUGACGCCUUACCUAGAACCUGGUGUGUGAAACAGAUGUAGGGUCUUCAUUGAAUCAGGGGGUGGAUGGCUCUGAAGCCCUUCUGCUUAGGCUCCCCUCCGCAUAAGCACUCACUUUGCAGAACCUCAGGGCUCCUCUGUGCACAGUUUGAGAACCACGGUUGUGGCGCUUAGGGACAUGGACCUUUGGGUCAGCCAGAAGUGAAGACCUCCAUUUCCAUUCUGGUUCUGCCAUUUCCUGGCUGUGUGUCCUUUGCAAGGUCCUUGUCCUCUCUGGACCUUAGUUUCCUUGUUUAUGGAUUAGAGAUGACAGUAAUAUUUGUUGUGAGGAUCCAAAGCCCUUGUUUAUUUGUGUCCAGCCAGCCAGUGCCCGGCGGGUGGUUGGGUCACAUGGGGUUGAAUGACAGUGAAUCCACCCCCAAAGCUUCUGCUAGCCAAGCUAUUAGGACUCCCAGGUGAUCUGACUGGGGAGAAAGAAUACCUUGGGUUUAAAUUCCAACUGCCCCUCUUGCUGGCUGUCUGAACUUGCGCAGGUCCCUUAACCUCUCUGAGCGUCAUUCUCCCCAGCUCUGGGAAAUGAGGGUAGUCUCAGUUCUCACCUCAGAGGUUUGAAUGAGAUGUUGCAGGAACCACAUCUAAGCCUCUAAUAGCACUCCCUGUCGCAGACACUGUGCCUGCUGGGGUCACCCCCACCAUCUUACUGGUCAGUUUCCCCACACAAACAGGGGAGAGUGCCCAGAGUGACCUGCAGAGGCUUGCUGGCAACGGUGUCCUCACACUCUCGCCAGCCCUGCUUAUUCCCGCACAGACACCACCAUCACCUGUGGGGCUGACAGGAGAUAGAGGUGUGUCUGUCUGUCUAUCUGUCAGCAGGUCCCAUGCACACCAGCAGCGUACAGGUGCUCAGAGCUGGGGUGGAAUGGGAAGGGAGCCUUGGAUCUUUGUAAAGGGCCGAGGGAUGGAGGGGAAGCAGGAUUCUGGGUUUGCAACUCCCUCUCAUGCCUUCCUUCUUGGGAUGUGCCUGAAUGGGGUCCCCACUGCCAAUCCGCUCAGAGGGAGAGGGCUCAUAGGAGCAAGAGCUGCUACCCCCCACACUCCCCAUCACAGACUCCCUUUGCCUCCAGCAACAUUAUGCUUUCCUGGACAUUUUUCCAUCUGUUAUCUUGGCGGAGCCCGAUGACACACCAGCUCGGCAGCCAAAUAUAUUGAAACACAUUUGAAAACUGGGGAAACCAGAGAGUGGGAAGCCCUCCUGUGGCGUGGGGUCCCCAGCCUCUCCAAGAGCUGCUCUGUUCAGUGAUUUCGUUCAAAAAUGAGCAGACCUCUGUGUGUUUGCAGCCACGAUGGGGCUGAGCCUCAGCAGAUCCUCUGUCCUUUAAGGUACUCUGGGAAGGGCUGGUGACUGUCAGCAGGAUAGGCCAGCCUCAACAAUGUUUUUGGCGCUGGCCCUGGGAGGUGGCUGGCCACCAGGGAGUGGAUUCAGGGAGCUGAGUUCUGGUAGGCCACGCCUGACUGGCUAGAAGCUGGGCUGCCUUUGGGCUCAGAGUUUGGGGCUUCCUGCCAGAGUCCCAUCUGCCUUUUAUGGGCCCUACUGUGGCCUUGCCAGCUCCCCCCCUCCCCUCUUCUUAGAAAUGGAUUCAGCAGCUGCCCUCAGCUUUAGCACUGCUGGGUAGCUUUGAUCCAGACAGUCCUGGCUGCCCAACCUGCCUUUCAGACCCCUCCAGGCAGGAUUCCCCUGCAGUGAUCCAACAGGAAGCCUAGGCCGGCCAGGCGCACCUGGUGGCUAAAAUGGAGAUGACAGAGCAUUACAUGCCCAGCCAACAAGGCAGCCUGUACCACAAGUUUGCUUUGUGCCAGUGUGCGGGUUUGGGGUGGGGGGAGUGGGGAGAGGGCGUUGCUUGGGUCAGCGUAUGCGUUUGUUAAGACAUUUCUCACAUGCAGCACCCAGGGAAGGCCCUGCUGUCUCCCAGGAGGACCCGCCUGGCACUGUGUGUCUGUCCAGAUUAGGAGACCCCUGCCUCUGUCCCCAAGCCUGCGUGGAGGGCUGUGGCUUGUUGCAAGAUGCAGACAAGGCAUCCCUGUGUCCUGGUGCCCCUGGGGGCUGAGCAGAAGCUGGCAAGAUCCCAGUAAUGCCAGUAUCUUCUCCUAGGAGCGCCCUGAGAAGCAGCAUGGAGCAGCCUCACAGAGAAGGCCAGAGCCCAGGAAGGACCCCUCGGGGCCCAGAGUGCGAUGGGACUCCCAUGGACCAAGAGUGUGGUCUGAAGAGGACCCAUGCAGACCUAGAGUAUAACCUGGGGAGGAUUCUUCUGGGACCAGAUUUUGGGUCAGAGAAGCCUCUUCCAAGUGCUGACCCCGAUCCCCUGCCUUCGCCCCUGUCCCCACCCAUGCUCUCAGACUUGGGGCAGCCCCGGAAGUUGCCCCUGACAGGUACGGAUAAGAAGUACCCCCUGAUGAAGCAGCGUGGGUUCUACUCGGACAUCCUCAGCCCUGGAAGCUUAGAUCAAAUUGGGGAAGUGUGCCGUGGUCCCUGCGUGAGCCAAGACCUCCUGCAACAGGCCGACCUUGACCAGUUUACUCCAAACGUCAGAACCUUUGAGAUUCCUGAGGGCUUUGACGAUUACCUGGAGCAGCAGCAUAUUGGGUCCACCACCCAGAUGCUCACUCAGACUGACUUCCCGCCGCAGGCCUAUGAGCCCAAGGUGCAGGUGCCUUUCCUGGUGCUGCCAGGCCAGUGUCCCCGCAAGAUUGAGAUCGAGAGGAGGAAGCGGCUGUACCUGAGUCUGGACAUCAACCAGUUACUGGCUGAUGAGGGCAUCGACUCCAACAUGCUCAUGCCCAGGCAUCCAGAUCCCCAAAACCCCCAGACCAUCGAGCAGGGCCAUGACCCGCUCUUCCCCGUCUAUCUCCCGCUGAAGGUGUUUGACAAUGAAGAGUUUGAUUGCCGCACUCCCAGCGAGUGGAUCAACAUGGGCUUGGAGCCGGGGUCUCAGGUCAGGAAACCCGUCCCUGGAAAAGCCCUCCUGCCCACUGAUGACAUCCUGGGGCACGAGGACCCCAAGAGUCCGAAGCUCAAGUAUGAAUGGUGCAGUGUCGGCGUCCUGGAUUAUGACAAGGAGAAGAAGCUGUACCUGGUGCACAAGACAGACCAGAACGGCUUGGUGCGAGAUGAGAGCGGGAAGCCCAUCCUGAACGGAGGGGUCACCGCUGAAGGAAGGCCCCCCCUCCUCACAUGCCAGUACUGGGUGCCCCGGAUCCAGCUGCUCUUCUGCGCCGAGGACCCACACGUGUUCACACAGCGCGUGGUCCAGGCCAAUGCCCUGCGCAAGAACACAGAGGCUCUGCUGCUGUACAAUCUGUACGUGGACUGCAUGCCCUCCGAGGGCCACCAGCUCAUCAGUGAGCAGAGCCUGAGCAAGAUCAAGCAGUGGGCCAUGAGCACACCCCGGAUGCGCAAAGGGCCCUCGGUUCUGGAGCACCUCAGCAGCCUCUCCAGAGAGGUGAACCUGGACUAUGAGCGCAGCAUGAACAAAAUCAACUUUGACCAGAUUGUCUCCUCCAAGCCUGACACGUUCUCCUAUGUGACCCUGCCUAAGAAGGAGGAGGAGAAGGUGCCCAGGCAAGGGCUGGUGAGUGUUCCCAACUACCCCUUCCGGGAGCAGAAGGAAGACUUCACCUUUGUGUCCCUGCUUACACGGCCAGAGGUCAUCAUGGCCCUCAGCAAGGUGCGGGCUGAAUGCAACAAGGUGAUGGGCAUGUCCCUGUUCCACUCAAACCUCUCCAAGUACAGCCGCCUGGAGGAGUUCGAGCAGAUUCAGUCCCAGACCUUCUCACAGGUGCAGAUGUUCCUGAAGGACAGCUGGAUCAGCACGCUCAAGGUGGCCAUGCGGAGCAGCCUGCGGGACAUGAGCAAGGGCUGGUACAACCUCUAUGAAACCAGCUGGGAGGUGUACCUCAUGUCGAAACUGCGCAAGCUCAUGGAGCUGCUCAAGUACAUGCUGCAGGACACGCUGCGCUUCCUGGUGCAGGACUCGCUGGCCAGUUUCUCGCAGUUCAUCAGCGACGCCUGCUGCAGCGUGCUGGACUGCCCCGACCACAUGGUCUGGGGUGACGACCUCAUCAACAGCCCCUACAGGCCCCGGAAAAAUCCCCUCUUCAUUGUGGACCUGGUGCUGGAUAGCUCAGGGGUGCACUACAGCACACCACUGGAGAAUUUUGAGACAUCUCUGCUCAACCUCUUUGACAAGGGCAUCCUGUCCACGCAUGCGGUGCCCCAGCUGGAGAAGCUGGUGAUGGAGGACAUCUUUAUCAGCGGCGACCCCCUACUGGAGUCCGUGGGGCUCCACGAGCCACUGGUGGAGGAGCUGCGGGCCAUCAUAGCCAAUGCUGUGCGCAAGGCCAUGAUCCCACUGCAGGCUUACGCUAGGGAGUACCAAAAGUAUUUGGAGCUGAACAACAACGACAUUGCCACCUUCCUCAAAGACUACCAGACGCAUUGCCCGACAGCCUCGGAAGUACGGGAGGUGGUGCUCACCCACCUUCAGGAAAAAGAGAUCCUGGACAACUCGCUGCCCAGCAGUAUCAUCAUUGGGCCCUUCUACAUCAAUGUCGAGAACGUCAAGCAGAGCCUGUCCAAGAAGCGCAAGGCCCUGGCCACUUCCAUGCUGGACAUCCUGGCCAAGAACCUGCACAAGGAGGUGGACAGUAUCUGUGAGGAGUUUCGCAGUAUCAGCCGCAAGAUCUAUGAGAAGCCUAACAGCAUCGAGGAGCUGGCUGAACUUCGCGAGUGGAUGAAGGGCAUCCCUGAUAAGCUGGUGGGGCUAGAGGAGCGGAUUGUGAAGGUCAUGGAUGACUACCAGGUCAUGGACGAAUUCUUUUACAACCUCAGCACAGAGGAUUUCAACGACAAGUGGGCUGCCAGCAACUGGCCUUCUAAGAUCCUUGGGCAGAUAGAGAUGGUACAGCAGCAGCACACAGAAGAUGAGGAGAAGUUCCACAAAAUCCAGAUUAUGGAUCAGAACAACUUCCAGGAGAAGCUGGAAGGGCUGCAGCUGGUGGUGGCUGGCUUCUCCACGCACGUGGAGAUUGCACGAGCGCACGAGAUUGCCAAUGAGGUGCGGCGGGUCAAGAAGCAGCUGAAGGACUGCCAGCAGCUGGCCAUGCUCUACAAUAACCGGGAGCGCAUCUUCGGCUUGCCCGUCACUAAUUACGACAAACUCUCCCGGAUGGUGAAGGAGUUCCAGCCCUACCUGGACCUUUGGACCACGGCCUCUGACUGGCUGCGCUGGUCGGAGAGUUGGAUGAAUGACCCCCUGUCGGCCAUCGAUGCCGAGCAGCUGGAGAAGAACGUCAUCGAGUCCUUCAAGACCAUGCACAAGUGUGUGAAGCAGUUCAAGGACAUACCAGCCUGCCAGGACGUGGCCUUAGACAUCAGGGCCCGCAUCGAGGAGUUCAAGCCCUACAUCCCGCUGAUCCAGGGGCUGCGCAACCCUGGCAUGCGGAACCGCCACUGGGAGGUGCUGUCCAAUGAGAUCAACAUUAACGUCAGGCCCAAGGCCAACCUGACCUUCGCUCGCUGCCUCGAGAUGAACCUGCAGGACCACAUCGAGAGUAUCAGCAAGGUGGCUGAGGUGGCUGGCAAGGAGUACGCCAUUGAGCAGGCACUGGACAAGAUGGAGAAGGAGUGGUCAACCAUCCUGUUCAAUGUGCUGCCGUACAAGGAGACAGACACCUAUAUCCUCAAGAGCCCGGACGAGGCCUCGCAGCUGCUUGACGACCACAUUGUCAUGACGCAGAGCAUGUCUUUCUCGCCCUACAAGAAGCCCUUCGAGCAGCGCAUCAACUCCUGGGAGAACAAGUUGAAGCUGACCCAGGAGGUGCUGGAGGAGUGGCUGAACUGUCAGCGGGCCUGGCUCUACUUGGAGCCCAUCUUCAGCUCGGAGGACAUCAAUCGGCAGUUGCCUGUGGAGAGCAAGCGCUACCAGACGAUGGAGCGGAUCUGGAGGAAGAUCAUGAAGAACGCCUACGAGAACCGUGAGGUAAUCAGUGUGUGCUCUGACCAGAGGCUGCUGGAGAGCCUGCGGGACUGCAACAAGCUGCUGGACAUGGUGCAGAAGGGCCUCAGCGACUACUUGGAGACCAAGCGGGGCGCCUUCCCCAGAUUCUACUUCCUGUCAGACGAUGAACUACUCGAGAUUCUGUCCCAGACAAAGGACCCCACAGCCGUGCAGCCCCACCUGCGCAAGUGCUUCGAGAACAUUGCCCGGCUGCAAUUCCAGAAGGACCUGGAGAUCACACACAUGUUCUCGGCCGAGGGUGAAGAGGUGCAGCUGUCCUUCUCCAUCUACCCGUCCAGCAACGUGGAGGACUGGCUGCGGGAGGUGGAGCGCAGCAUGAGGGCCAGCGUGCGGGACAUCAUCGAGAGAGCCAUCAAGGCCUACCCCACGAUGCCCAGGACCCAGUGGGUUCUAAAGUGGCCUGGCCAGGUGACCAUUGCCGGGUGCCAGACCUACUGGACCAUGGAGGUGGCAGAGGCUCUGAAGGCUGGGAACCUCAGUGACCAGCUGUUCCCCAAGCUGGCCCGGCAGCUCAGUGACCUGGUGGCCCUGGUGCGGGGAAAGCUGUCCCGCAUGCAGCGGGCUGUGCUGUCAGCGCUAAUUGUCAUUGAGGUCCACGCCAAGGAUGUGGUGAGCAAGCUGAUCCAGGAGAACAUAGUCAGCGUGAACGACUUCGAGUGGAUCUCGCAGCUGAGGUACUACUGGACAAAUAACAACCUGUAUAUCCGGGCUGUGAAUGCUGAGUUCACGUACGGCUAUGAGUACCUCGGCAACAGCGGGAGGCUUGUGAUCACGCCCCUGACCGACCGAUGCUACCUGACUCUGACUGGGGCUCUGCACCUCAAGUUUGGGGGAGCCCCAGCUGGCCCGGCUGGCACAGGGAAGACUGAGACUACCAAAGACCUGGGCAAGGCCUUGGCCAUCCAGACUGUGGUGUUCAACUGCUCUGACCAGCUCGACUUCAUGGCCAUGGGCAAGUUCUUCAAGGGCCUGGCCAGUGCCGGGGCCUGGGCUUGCUUCGAUGAGUUCAACCGCAUCGAUAUUGAGGUGCUCUCGGUGGUGGCACAGCAGAUCACCACCAUUCAGAAGGCUCAGCAACAGCGGGUGGAACGCUUCAUGUUUGAAGGCGUCGAGAUCCCACUUGUGCCAUCCUGCGCUGUGUUUAUCACCAUGAACCCAGGCUACGCCGGCCGCACCGAGCUGCCUGAUAACCUGAAGGCGCUCUUCCGACCGGUGGCCAUGAUGGUUCCGGAUUAUGCCAUGAUCGCAGAGAUCUCCCUCUACUCCUUCGGCUUCAGCGAGGCCAAUGUGCUGGCCAAGAAGAUCACAACCACCUUCAAGCUGUCUUCCGAGCAGCUCAGCUCACAGGAUCACUAUGACUUCGGGAUGAGAGCUGUGAAGACUGUGAUCUCGGCCGCGGGGAACCUCAAGCGAGAAAACCCCAGCAUGAGUGAGGAGCUGAUAUGCCUCCGGGCCAUCCGAGACGUGAAUGUACCCAAGUUCCUGCAGGAGGACCUCAAGCUCUUCUCCGGGAUCGUAUUGGACCUGUUCCCCACCGUCAAGGAGGAGGAGACAGACUAUGGCAUCCUGGACAAGGCCAUUCGCCAGGCCUGCGAGAACAGCAACCUUAAGGAUGCGGACGGCUUCCUGACCAAGUGUAUCCAGCUCUAUGAGACCACGGUGGUGCGGCAUGGCCUCAUGCUCGUCGGGCCCACAGGUUCUGGCAAGAGCAAUUGUUACAGAGUCUUGGCAGCUGCCAUGACGUCGCUGAAAGGACAGCCGUCCAUCAGUGGUGGCACGUAUGAGGCCGUCAGUUACUACGUGCUGAACCCCAAGUCCAUCACAAUGGGCCAGCUGUAUGGAGAAUUUGACCUGCUUACCCAUGAGUGGACAGAUGGGAUUUUCCCCUCCCUCAUCCGGGCGGGGGCCAUCGCCUCCAACACCAACAAGAAGUGGUACAUGUUUGACGGGCCGGUGGACGCCGUCUGGAUAGAGAACAUGAACACGGUGCUGGACGACAACAAGAAGCUGUGCCUCAGUUCCGGGGAGAUCAUCAAGCUCACCGAGUCAAUGACCAUGAUGUUCGAGGUGCAGGACCUGGCUGUGGCCUCCCCAGCCACAGUGUCCCGCUGUGGCAUGGUGUACCUGGAACCCAGCAUCCUGGGGCUCAUGCCUUUUGUCGAGUGCUGGCUAAGGAGGCUCCCUGCCUUAUUCAAGCCCUAUGAGGAGCAGUUCAAGUUUCUCUUCAUCCGCUUCCUGGAGGGAUCCAUCACAUUCAUCCGGCACUCAGUAAGGGAGGUGAUCACCUCAACCAACAGCAACUUGACCCUGAGUCUCCUCAAGCUGCUAGACUGCUUCUUCAAGCCCUUCCUGCCAAAAGAGGGCCUCAGGAAGAUACCCCCAGAAAAGCUGAGUCGCAUCCCAGAGCUGAUUGAGCCCUGGUUCAUCUUCUCCCUGAUCUGGAGUGUGGGUGCCACAGGGGACAGCGCCAGCCGCAUCAGCUUCAGCCACUGGCUCAGGAUCAAGAUGAAGAUAGAAAACCUGACCCUGCACUUCCCGGAGGAGGGCCUGGUGUUCGAUUACAGGCUGGAGGAUGCAGGCAUCAGCAGCUCCAAUGACGAUGAGGACGAGGAUGAGGAGGGCAAACAGGUGGCCUGGGUGAAGUGGAUGGACUCCUCGACUCCAUUCACCAUGAUGCCGGAUACCAGCUACUGCAACAUCAUCGUGCCUACCAUGGACACGGUGCAGAUGUCCUACCUGCUGGACAUGCUCCUCAUCAACCACAAGCCCGUGCUGUGCAUCGGGCCGACAGGCACAGGCAAGACCCUCACCAUCUCCGACAAGCUCCUCAAGAACCUGCCGCCAGAGUAUGUCAGCCACUUCCUCACCUUCUCAGCCCGCACUUCGGCCAACCAAACCCAGGACCUCAUCGACAGCAAGCUGGACAAGAGGCGAAAAGGUGUGUAUGGGCCGCCCCUGGGGCGCAACUUUAUCUUCUUCAUUGAUGACCUGAAUAUGCCAGCCUUGGAGACCUAUGGCGCCCAGCCACCAAUCGAGCUGUUGCGCCAGUGGAUGGACCACGGCGGCUGGUAUGACCGCAAGGUCAUUGGAGCCUUCAAGCAGCUGGUGGACAUCAAUUUUGUUUGUGCCAUGGGCCCCCCGGGCGGAGGCAGGAAUGCCAUCACCCCACGGCUGACACGCCACUUCAACUACCUGUCCUUUGCCGAGAUGGACGAGGUCAGCAAGAAGCGCAUCUUCUCCACCAUCCUGGGCAGUUGGAUGGAUGGACUCCUCGGGGAGAGAAGUUACCGGGAUCCUGUGCCUGGGGCCCCCGCCAUCGCCCGCUUCACGAGUCCCCUCGUGGAAGCCACCAUCAUGGUGUACUCCACCAUCACCUCCCAGCUGCUGCCCACCCCGGCCAAGUCCCACUACACCUUCAACCUGAGGGACCUCUCCAAGGUCUUCCAGGGCAUGCUCAUGGCCGACCCAGCUAAGGUCGAGGACAAGGUGCGGCUGCUGCGGCUCUGGUACCACGAGAGCUGCCGCGUGUUCCGCGACCGCCUGGUGAACGAUGAGGACCGCAGCUGGUUCGACAAACUACUGGAGAGCUGCAUGGAGCAGUGGGGGGUGACCUUCGCCGAGGUGUGUCCCUUCCAGCCCAUCCUCUAUGGGGACUUCAUGUCUCCAGGCUCUGACGUCAAGUCCUACGAGCUCAUCACCAGUGAGAAGAAGAUGAUGCAGGUGAUUGAGGAGUACAUGGAAGAUUACAACCAGGUCAACACAGCCAAGCUGAGGCUGGUCCUCUUCAUGGAUGCCAUGAGCCACAUCUGCCGGAUCAGCCGCACGCUGCGCCAGGCACUGGGCAACGCACUCCUGCUGGGUGUGGGUGGAAGUGGCCGCAGCUCCCUCACACGGCUGGCCUCGCACAUGGCCGAAUAUGAAUGCUUCCAGAUUGAGCUGUCCAAGAACUAUGGCAUGGCCGAGUGGCGUGAAGAUGUCAAGAAGAUCUUGCUCAAGGCUGGCCUGCAUAGCCUGCCCAUCACUUUCCUGUUCUCUGACACUCAGAUCAAGAACGAGUCUUUCCUCGAGGACAUCAACAAUGUCUUAAACUCCGGCGACAUUCCCAAUCUCUACAGUGCAGAUGAGCAGGACCAGAUUGUCAACACCAUGCGGCCCUACAUCCAAGAGCAGGGCCUGCAGCCCACCAAAGCCAAUCUUAUGGCUGCCUACACUGGGCGUGUGCGCAGCAAUAUCCACGUGGUUCUGUGUAUGAGCCCCAUCGGAGAGGUCUUCCGAGCUCGCUUGAGGCAGUUCCCCUCCCUUGUCAACUGCUGUACCAUUGACUGGUUUAACGAGUGGCCAGCAGAGGCGCUGGAGUCUGUGGCCACCAUGUUCCUGAAUGAAAUCCCAGACCUGGAAGCCACCUCUGAAGUCAUUAGAGGACUGAUUCAGGUUUGUGUCUACAUCCACCAGUCAGUGUCCAAGAAGUGUACCGAGUACCUAGCUGAGCUGGCCCGUCACAACUACGUGACCCCCAAGAGCUACCUGGAGCUGCUUCAUAUUUUCUCCAUCCUCAUUGGGCAGAAGAAACAGGAGCUGAAAACUGCCAAGAACCGCAUGAAGAGUGGCCUUGACAAGCUGCUUCGUACUUCAGAGGACGUGGCCAAGAUGCAGGAGGAGCUGGAGAUGAUGCGCCCCCUGCUGGAAGAGGCUGCCAAGGACACCGUGCUCACCAUGGAGCAGAUCAAGGUGGACACAGCCAUUGCUCAGGAGACUCGGAAUUCGGUGCAAGCAGAGGAGAUCAAGGCCAAUGAGAAGGCCAGGAAGGCACAAGCUAUUGCUGACGAUGCCCAGAAGGAUCUGGAUGAGGCACUGCCUGCCCUGGACGCGGCCCUGGCCAGCCUGCGCAACCUCAACAAGAAUGACGUGACCGAGGUCCGGGCCAUGCAGCGACCACCCCCAGGUGUGAAGCUGGUCAUAGAGGCUAUGUGCAUCAUGAAGGGCAUCAAGCCCAAGAAGGUGCCUGGAGAGAGGCCCGGCUCCAAGGUGGAUGACUACUGGGAACCCGGAAAGGGGCUGCUGCAGGACCCUGGUCGCUUUCUCGACAGCCUCUUCAAGUUUGACAAGGACAACAUUGGGGAGGCAGUGAUCAAAGCCAUCCAGCCGUACAUUGACAACGAGGAGUUCCAGCCGGCCGCGAUUGCCAAGGUGUCCAAGGCCUGUACCUCCAUCUGCCAGUGGGUGCGCGCCAUGCACAAGUACCACUUCGUGGCCAAGGCAGUGGAGCCCAAGCGGCAAGCCCUGCGGGAGGCCCAGGAUGACCUGGAGGUGACGCAGAGGGUCCUGGAGGAGGCCAAGCAGCGCCUGCAGGAGGUGGAGGAUGGCAUCGCCACGAUGCAGACCAAGUACCGGGAGUGCAUUGCCAAGAAGGAGGAGCUGGAGCUGAAAUGCGAGCAGUGUGAGCAGCGGCUGGGCCGCGCCGACAAGGUGGGCUCACGGCGGGGGCAGGGAGGGCCUGUGGGCUGCGAGGGUCUGGGGGGGGUGUGGGCGGGGCCUGCACCCCUUCCCCAGCCCCUGGCCUGGUCACCCUCAGCCCACCCCCCGGGGCCACCUCUGCAGCUCAUCAACGGGCUGUCGGAUGAGAAGGUGCGCUGGCAGGAAACUGUGGAGAACCUGGAGCAUAUGCUUGGCAACAUCUCCGGGGACGUGCUGGUGGCUGCUGGCUUUGUGGCCUACCUGGGCCCCUUCACGGGCCAGUACCGCACCAUGCUCUAUGACCACUGGGUCAAGCAGCUCACGAGACACAACGUGCCGCACACGUCUGAGCCCACGCUCAUCGGGACGCUGGGAAACCCUGUGAAGAUCCGCUCGUGGCAGAUUGCUGGCCUCCCCAACGACACGCUGUCAGUGGAGAAUGGGGUCAUCACCCAGUUCUCCCAACGCUGGACUCACUUCAUCGACCCGCAGGGCCAGGCCAACAAAUGGAUCAAGAACAUGGAGAAGGACAAUGGGCUGGAUGUGUUCAAGCUGAGCGACCGAGACUUCCUGCGUAGCAUGGAAAAUGCCAUCCGCUUUGGCAAGCCCUGCCUUCUGGAGAAUGUAGGCGAGGAGCUGGACCCGGCCCUGGAGCCGGUGCUGCUCAAGCAGACAUACAAGCAGCAGGGGAACACAGUGCUGAAGCUGGGGGACACGGUGAUCCCCUACCAUGAAGACUUCCGGAUGUAUAUCACCACUAAGCUGCCCAACCCACACUACACACCGGAGAUCUCCACCAAAGUCACCCUCAUCAACUUCACCCUGUCGCCCAGUGGCCUAGAGGACCAGCUGCUGGGCCAGGUGGUGGCUGAGGAGCGGCCAGACCUGGAAGAAGCUAAGAACCAGCUGAUUGUCAGUAAUGCCAAGAUGCGCCAGGAGCUGAAGGACAUCGAAGACCAGAUUCUGUACAGGCUCAGCUCCUCCGAGGGCAACCCUGUGGAUGACAUGGAGCUCAUCAAGGUGCUAGAAGCUUCCAAGAUGAAAGCUGCUGAGAUCCAGGCCAAAGUCAGGAUCGCGGAGCAGACGGAGAAGGACAUUGACCUCACACGCAUGGAGUACAUCCCCGUGGCUGUCCGCACGCAGAUCCUUUUCUUUUGUGUAUCUGACCUGGCCAACGUGGACCCCAUGUACCAGUACUCCCUGGAGUGGUUUCUCAACAUCUUCCUCUCUGGCAUCGCCAACUCGGAGAGAGCAGACAACCUGAAAAAACGUAUCGCCAACAUCAACCGCCACCUGACCUACAACCUGUACAGCAAUGUCUGCCGCAGCCUCUUUGAGAAGCACAAGCUGAUGUUUGCCUUCCUGCUGUGUGUCCGCAUCAUGAUGAAUGAGGGCAAGAUCGACCAGGCUGAGUGGCGCUACCUCCUGUCUGGAGGCUCCAUCCAGGUCAUGACUGAGAACCCGGCACCUGACUGGCUGUCAGACCGGGCCUGGCGAGAUAUCCUGGCACUCUCUAAUCUGCCAGCCUUCUCCUCUUUUGCUGAUGACUUCCCAAAGCACCUCUCAGAGUUCCAAUCCAUUUUUGACAGCCUUGAGCCCCACAGGGAACCCUUGCCUGGCAUCUGGAAUGAGUACCUGGACCAGUUUCAGAAGCUGCUGGUUCUCCGCUGCUUGCGUGGGGACAAGGUCACCAACGCCAUGCAGGAUUUCGUGGCUACCAACCUGGAGCCACGCUUCAUUGAGCCCCAGGCAACCAACCUGUCAGUGGUGUUCAAAGACUCCAGCUCCACCACACCCCUCAUCUUCGUGCUGUCGCCUGGCACCGAUCCCGCUGCUGACCUCUACAAGUUUGCCGAAGAGAUGAAGUUCUCCAAGAAGCUCUCUGCCAUCUCCCUGGGCCAGGGCCAGGGCCCUCGGGCAGAAGCCAUGAUGCGCAGUUCCAUAGAGAGGGGCAAGUGGGUCUUCUUCCAGAACUGCCACCUGGCACCAAGCUGGAUGCCGGCCCUGGAGCGCCUCAUCGACCACAUCAACCCCGAUAAGGUGCACCGGGACUUCCGCCUGUGGCUCACCAGCUUGCCCAGCAACAAGUUUCCAGUGUCCAUCCUGCAGAAUGGCUCCAAGAUGACCAUUGAGCCACCCCGAGGCGUCAAGGCCAACCUGCUCAAGUCUUACAGCAGCCUGAGCGACGACUUCCUCAACUCCUGCCACAAGGUGAUGGAGUUCAAGUCCCUGCUGCUGUCUCUGUGCCUGUUCCAUGGGAACGCACUGGAGCGCCGCAAGUUUGGGCCCCUGGGCUUCAACAUCCCCUACGAGUUCACGGACGGGGACCUGCGCAUCUGUAUCAGCCAGCUCAAGAUGUUCCUGGAUGAGUACGACGACAUCCCCUACAAGGUCCUGAAGUACACGGCUGGGGAGAUCAACUAUGGGGGCCGCGUCACUGACGACUGGGACCGCCGCUGUGUCAUGAACAUCCUGGAAGACUAUUACAGCCCCUCCGUGCUCUUCCACGAUCACAGCUACAGCGCCUCCGGCAUCUACCACCAGAUCCAGCCCACCUAUGACCUCAAUGGCUACCUCUCCUACAUCAAAGGCCUCCCUCUCAAUGACAUGCCUGAGAUCUUUGGCCUGCACGACAAUGCCAACAUCACCUUCGCCCAGAAUGAGACUUGUGCCCUGCUUGGUGCCAUCAUCCAGCUGCAACCCAGAUCAUCCUCCAUGGGAGGCCAGGGCCGGGAGGAGAUAGUGGAGGAUAUGGCCCACAGUAUUCUGCUCCAGACUCCUGAGCCCAUCAGCUUGCAGCUGGUAAUGGCCAAGUACCCCGUGCUGUAUGAGGAGUCAAUGAACACGGUGCUAGUCCAGGAGGUCAUUCGAUACAACCGGCUGCUGCAGGUGAUCACAGAGACGCUUCGAGACCUGCUCAAGGCACUCAAGGGGCUGGUGGUGAUGUCCUCACAGCUGGAGCUGAUGGCUACCAGCCUGUACAACAACACUGUGCCCGAGCUCUGGAAGGCUAAGGCCUACCCAUCGCUCAAGCCACUGUCCUCGUGGGUCAUGGACCUGAUGCAGCGCCUGGACUUCCUGCAGGCCUGGAUCCAAGGCGGCAUCCCAGCUGUCUUCUGGAUCAGUGGCUUCUUCUUCCCCCAGGCCUUCCUGACGGGCACGCUGCAGAACUUUGCUCGCAAAUCUGUCAUCUCCAUUGACACCAUCUCGUUUGAUUUCCAGGUACUGCAGCAGUCCGUGUCAGAGCUCAAGAAAAGACCCAGUGAGGGGUGCUACAUCCAUGGACUGUUCCUGGAAGGUGCCCGCUGGGACCCUGUGGCCUUCCAGCUGGCUGAGUCUCGGCCCAAGGAGCUAUACACAGAGAUGGCUGUUAUCUGGCUUCUGCCAACGCACAACCGCAAGAUCCAGAACCAGGACUUCUACCUGUGCCCCAUCUACAAGACACUGACCCGAGCAGGAACACUAUCGACCACAGGCCACUCCACCAACUACAUCAUUGCUGUGGAGCUCCCCUCCCAUCAGCCCCAGCGACACUGGAUAAAGCGUGGUGUGGCGCUCAUCUGUGCUCUGGACUACUAGACUCAGGAAGAAGAGUUGGGGCCAUUAAAUACGUUUUCUAAGCA